AUGGAGAUCAUGGCACAAACGAUUUUUAACGCUAAACAAGAAGAGAUCAAACAAAUAGCCCUCGUUGCGGACGAGGAAUACGAUCUUUGCGCCCUUAAAGUUCCGGCUUUUCUUAAGUCGCAAUUUCCUGAAGAAGGACAGAAACACGAGUUCCCGGAAUUCUAUGGAAUUCCGAAAAUCCACAAGAAUCCCGCCGGCGAAAUUCUGCAGUAA